AUGACCCUGGCCCCCCCGCACGCUUCCAAGCUCUACUAUACUUGCCUCAAUGGGCUCUUGAUGCCUGCAGGAGGUUUUACCAACGAGGGAGAAGACAUCAACGAACAGGGUGGGGAAUACGGCAAUGCUCUCCAGGCUGCCUCAUUCAAAGGCUAUUACGAUAUUGUCAUACUGCUCUUGGAUAACGGAGCAGCCUUCAACGCGCAGGGCGACCGCUACGGCGAUAUUCUCCAACGCGCCUCGUCUGAAGACCAUCACGAGAUCGUCAAACUGCUCUUGAAUAAUGAUGCGGGCGUGAACACGCAGGACGGCAAAUACGGCAAUGCUCUCCAGGCGGUAUCAUCGAAUGGCUGUCAGGAGAUUGUCAUAUGUUAA